CGCAGCUCCGCACGCGCCGAGGAGAGGAGAAGAGAAAGACAGAGAGGAGGAGAGAAGGGGAGAGUGAAAGAGAGAGUUAGCAACGGGGAGAUGAGCUGCUCUGGUCUUCCAACUGCAGUUUUUUUUGUGUGUGAAACAUUUUUGAGCAAUAUUUCUGAGGAACUGUGAUGACAUUUUGGCAGAGUUUGUUUCCUAAAAGAAGCUGAAGUGUUGCUCUCGAGACGUUUCUUGGACUAAACAGCUGUCUUUUUGAACCCAUUUAACCUUCGUUUUUCUUUGACCGUUAGCCGACCGUUACAACUCGUUAACAGCGUCUUCUCUGGUUGUUUUGAAGGCAGUGAUGCACCAAAAUCCACAUUGAGUUGAUCCACCUGCAUGGGCUUUUCCACCGGAGUGUGUUUCGCUCCGAGUUAAGACAAAAUUCAAACCGGUGGAAACCGUUAAAGUGUUCAUUUGCCUUUCUUUUUCUCUCUUUAACCUCUGGCGUUGAACGGAACAGCUGCGGUUGGUUGUGGCAAGCACAGAGAGAGAAGAGUCUCGCUACGAGGGGAGCUGUCCGGUGCUGAACCCACGAGACUGGACAGGGGCACGCUAGGAGCUGUUUGCUGGGAAUUGUCCGCGUGCUGGAGACCAACGGUUUAGAACGCGAAAAAGAACGCGUCAUUUUACUUUUUGAACAACGGAAUAAAACAAACAUUUAAGUAAGACUAAAAGAACGUUAUUACUGGAUUUCCCGCCUUCAGCGUUACCGGGGCAAUAGCCAUACAGGAACUGGUUUAUUUUAUUUUUUUAUUUUUGACCCUUUAGAGCUCUACAGGUCUUCCAGCGGCGAGUUCUUGGAAUGAAAACGACUUUUUAAAAAAUUCCUAGCAUUCCACAGUCCCACACAAACAUAGCCUGUAUUUGACAAACAUAAACAAAAAUUAAUAUUAUUUAUGUUUAAAAAAAAAAAAAUACAGGAGCACGCGAGGAGCGCUUGGUUAGUUUGAUUUUUAAACGCAAUGUCUCCCCUGCUCUUUGGAGGCUGUCUGAUGGGAGGAAGCAAACACACCUUUAGUAGCUGAAACAAGGGAGGUCAUUACAGUUCAAUCGGGCCAUUUAAUGUUUCAAAUAGGAUUUGGUCAAGUUUGAAGUGGGUUAGUAAAGACAGAGCGAGCAGAGUGCCUGUGUUUAUUGUAUGAGUGUAGGAGCAACUACUGUCCCAUCAUGCCUCGGUCUUUCUUGGUGAAGAAAGUCAAAUUGGAUGAUUUUUCGGCUGCAGAGCUGGAGAGCUCCUACGGUCACAGCCGGAGAGAGGAGCUCAGUCUGCGAUUCCACCAUCAUGACAAAGGCUAUGUCAGUGAUUAUCUGAGUCCAAAUCCCUACGAUGAUGUGGUGGGAAGCGACUCAUCUGUCAUCUCUAAAGUUCCCUCUCCAAGCCACUCGUCAAUCAUCUAUGGCCGCAUCAACAACACCUACACCGGCAUCCACGGUGACAUUCAUGGUGAUUCAGACCAGCCGGACAGCCCACGGUCUGAGGUCUCUUCAUCGGCCGGCGGUUACAUCAACGGGGAUACGGCCGUGAGUGAGGGCUACACAGUGGACGCGUUUUUCAUCAUGGAUGGGCGAUCGAGGAGGAAAACCACGGCAAGCCCCAGAGGAACCACCCAGAGGCACACCUGCAGCGAGUGUGGGAAAACCUAUGCCACGUCCUCCAACCUGAGCCGACACAAGCAGACACACAGGAGCAUAGACAGCAAGAUGGCCAAGAAGUGUCCCACGUGUGGUAAAGUGUACGUCUCCAUGCCCGCGAUGGCCAUGCACCUGCUGACCCAUGACCUCAAGCACAAGUGCGACGUGUGCGGCAAAGCGUUCAGCCGGCCAUGGCUGCUACAGGGCCACAUGCGCUCGCACACGGGCGAGAAACCAUUCGGGUGUGCGCACUGUGGGAAGGCGUUUGCCGACCGGUCAAACCUACGCGCUCAUAUGCAGACGCACUCGGCCUUCAAACACUACAAGUGCAAACGUUGUAACAAGACCUUUGCGCUCAAGAGUUACCUGAACAAACAUUACGAGUCUGCGUGCUUCAAGGGGGCUUUCUCCCCCCUGAGCUCACUGGGGGAAUGAUGGAUUCAGAAAGGACAGCUGGGGUUUAUUUUCAUUUAUUUAAACCAGAUUUUACUGGACUCGCUCCCUGCUUUUUCUGCUUCCCCCCCCAACAUGACGACCAGUAUGCCUGAGCGCUACAAGGGAGGGGUGUUUUUUCUGCAAGGAUCAUGAGGCAAAUGACAAAAAUAAAUUGAAGACACGUCCAUUUUAUCAAAACCCUUCCAUUUCCUCCUUUGUCUCCUAUUUCCUUAUCUGGAAUGAAAAGUUUUCGAUGCCUGAUUUAGAUUGUCACCUGCUUCGAUAACUCACGUCCCCUUCGGAGGCUGUUUUGAGGAUCUGUGAAGAUAAAUAAAGCACAGCACAUCUAGCUCAUCAUUUUUGAAGACACCUAGAUCUAUUUACGUCCAUAUCCUUGUCUUUCUUUUCUUUCUCCCCCAACCCAUGACGAAACAACUCUGAAGCACAAUUCCUCUUCCAUCCCUCUUGUCUCUCUGUGACAGGCAUAUCACAGGAGUUUAAAGCAUGAAUCACACCUUCCACUUUCUUGCAAAGAGAUUCAAUGAACUUAUAUUUUAUGCUUUUUAAAAAAAAAAAACAUUAAAAACCUCAGGAUACAUCUGGUAUCCUGCUUUUAGAGAAACUGAUCUUGGACUGAACUUACAAGGGGGAUAAAACAUCAUAACAAAGACAGCACAUGGUAUUUCUUCUCUGCAAGUAACAGAAUACUUUUUCUUUUACACUAGUGACAUGCUUUACCUGCUGUAUAACUGUGUCUAUUAUGGCUACUGACGCAACUACUGUACACUGAACUGUGAGGAAAACAUGAUGUACAAACUUGCCAUAACGUAGUAGAUAUGGCCAAGUGUUAUCUGGACACAGACACUUAUACUGUUUUCUCAAAGGUUAAUUUUGGAAUUUGUGCUUUACUUGACAGUUGAAAGCAAGAGAGAAUUAGGGAGGCAAACUGGACUUUCAGUUCAGGAUCAGAUGGCUGCAAACUCCCUCUGAGCCACCAGGGUAUCCCUCGACAAACAGUGUUUUCCUACAAACUAAAUUUUACGUUAUUUAUUUUUACUUGCCAAUGUCAGAUGAGGAUCCAGACAUUAUAAAUGUCAUGAUCUUCCUCAGAAGGUCAAACCUUUCUCAAUUCUUGUAAAAUAGCAUUUUUGUUGCCAGUGGACCGGCACAGUAUUCAGCUUUGAGGUUUACAUCUUUUUUAUGUGUCUAUUUAUUGCCUAAUUUAUUUAUUUAUUUUUACGUUUUUGUAUUAAUUUGCACUUUCUUAUAGUUUUCUUUUGCCUUUGUUACAAAUAUGCCAAAGCAUUUGACACUUUCUAAUUACCUAAUACCUUUUUACUUUUGUCUGCCACUUUAAUUAUUUAAAAAAAAACCUACUGCAUGCAAAAAAUAAUAGCCUAAUAAUGGAAUCUAUGCCAAUUUUAUGAAUCUUUGGGAUAUUUUGCCAAACCUCUUAGAUAACAGGCAAAUUAAGCAAAUUUCUGUCUUGGGCAAUAUUUCAUUCAUAUCCGAUAGAGCAAUAAUGCAUGAUAUUUUUUGAAGAAACGUGAGUCAUAACUGCUUGUAACAUCUUGAUUUUUUUUCAAGUACCACUAUUCUAUGUAGUUAUGAGAAAUGAAAUUUCAGGGAGUUAGCAAACCAAGUUAGUGUUAAAUAUGGAGGGUUGGGUUUAGAGCUCUAUAUUUACAGGAACCGUGACACUGAUGUGAUUCUUUGAGGCCUUCUCCAGUGACUUUUGUGAAUGUUUUGUGAAGUGUUUGAAUAGAAUAGAAAGAUCAAAUUAGAGAAAUCAGCAAGUCAUUUUUCCAAUUUUCAAACCUCUGCUGUUUCACCAUGUAAUAUUAUCCAAAACGAUUGCCUCCUAGUUAUAAUUAUAUCUUGGCAUCAUUAGCUUAUUGACAAUUACAGCAUGUCUGUACAAGCAUUUGGCGAUGUUGGGGCUUCCAGGGAUUCACACAGAUGGCACAACACCUUUAGAUGGAGGGCUCUGGGUUGGGUCGGGACGGGUCUUUUUGUACAUGGUUUAUGCACUGCCUGCCUCGUAUUAUUAUUCUAAAACAUUGUAGAAAGUAGAAGGUACUACUGUAGGCCUCUGGUGCUGAAACAUGGAUGAAAGCAAAAAACCCAGAACCAGAAAGUUUUGGUCCUGAAUACGUUCCUGGUUGUAUUUGUUGAAUAGGUGAAAAACAACUUUACAACAGCUGUGGUUCUGAAUGAAGGUCUCUUUGACUCUCCGUAGUCCUUGAGCAGGUCCUUGUUUGUCUCCUGUAAAGUUUUAAUUGGUGAUAAAGGAGAAAUUUCCUCCUAUGAGUUGGUCAGAAUCAGUGAGCAAGCCCUUUUUUCAGCCUGGAUCUCUCCCUGUGAGGACUCUAGACCCGACAAUAUUCAUUAAAGCUCCUGCACAAUUUCAAAUGUUUUUCUUUCCAUCAUCUCUGGCUGUUGUCAGGUUGUUGUGGUGAUCCCCAAUGCAAUUAUAAGGAUUGCUGAGAAAGAAGAGACAUUUGGUCAAUAUUUCAGCACCAGAGUGCAUUGACAAACACUUAGAUUCUACUAUGAACUACUGUAGCCUACUAUAGCCACAAGCUAGUUUACCUAUUCUUAUAUAAAAGCACUUCCUCUUACGAAUUAUAUCUUACAACUCUUUUUUUUUUCAAAGAUAGUAGCACAAUGAAAGAGUUUAGAUUCAGGUAGACAAUGCCUUGUAUGUAGAAAUAAUAACCUUUUUCUCUUUUUUCUACUGUGAUGAAUCAAAGGUAAAAACAAACAACAAAGAUGCUGGUUUAACACGUGCUGUGUUGUUCUAAAAUAACACAUGAAAAUAUAGGUAAAAAAUGACAUAUGGUGUAAAUCAACAACUUAAAUACAUACUGUGUCAUUUUUUAAAUAUACUUGAGUGAGUAUCUUCACCACACCUUUUUUUAGAGUGAAUGAAAACUCGGAAUAUUUUGCGGCAAGAGGCCUUGUAAAUAAGUACUAAUGUGACUCUGGAGUCUGAUUAUUUCUACAGAUCUGUAUAGAGUGACAGUGAUGAUGAUGAUGUUGAUGAUGAUGAUGAUGCUGAUGAUAAUGAUAAUGAUGACGACGAUGAUGAAUUUUUCUGGAGCUUCCUGCUUUGUUUUGAGUUCUUCCUCUGAGGAUUUUUGAAACAAUGUAAAGCACAAAGACAACACUGGGCAUUUUGUUUCACUUCCUAAAUAAAA